AUGCAGCAAGAGGGGUUUCGCGUCUCUUCUUCCGGUAUCGACGUCGAUAUCGGCAGCACGGUGGAAAAUGGUAAAGUCUUUCUUCCAGAUCAUGUAGAAGGUGUAGAAUGCAAUCAAGACUGGAACGGUCAAGUAGGCCAUGAAGAAGUCGGAUGCGUUUGGCUUACCUCCAAUAGGGAACAGGGCGAUCCAGAAUUGAGCAAUCAAAAUCAAAACGUUCAGGAUAAAUCCGAACCAAGAACCAAUAACACCGGCCUGAGCAGUGAAAACAAGUUCGUCUGGGCCUCUUCCUCUGAUUGCAAGGGCUCUUCUAAAUCUGAUGUGACAGAAACAGAUGGAUCCCCAGGUGAAGACCGAGGAGAGACCGGAAAGAGCAAGCAACCAGUUGAAGACGUCUCCUUCCUUUGGAGAAGCGGCAAGGAAACAGAGCAGACCGAAGACCAAACACAAAAUGACUGCGACAAGUGGUCUUCCGGAUCUGUCAAUGUAGCCGAAAAUCUUUGGGGCGAAGGAUUGUUGAGCAAGAGAAGCAAUGGUUCUAGAACAAGCGUAGACGGAAGAGUUACCGACAGACAACACGGCAAUCAUGAUGACAACGUUCAUGAUAGAAGGAAGGACCUUGAUACCUCCGUUUCUGAUAGCAAUGACGAAAGGAGAGGCAGCAGCGUCGACGGAACUGGAACUCAAAAGUCUUGGGUCGUCGUAAGGAACGAGCAAACCAACCAUGGUAAGCGAGAUGAUGUAGAAGAGGGUGAUUCUCCAGAAGACCUGCUUGAUAGCAGAAGGAAGAGACUUUCUUGGGUUAGCGGUCUCGGCAGCAGCCAAACCACAGAGCUCGGUACCGGCAAAGGAGAAAGCAGCAGUGACAAACACGGCACAGACACCCUUGAAACCGUCAGCAAAAGCUCCUGGAUUGUAGAAGUACUGGCCACCGAUGUAGCCACCCUUUGGACCACCACCACAGUUAAGAAUAACUCCGAGGAUGAUGAAUCCAAUGACUGCGAGAACCUUAACUAA